GGGACGGUCCUCGCCGAGAUGCUAUGCUCUCUUCAUUCUCAGCCGAUCACCUCCGGUGCCGCGUCUACGCUACCCCGCGCUUCCUCCCCGCCACGCGCUGAUCAACUGCCGCACGGCCGUGCAGGUCCUCGAGUCGGUGAUGAGCAAGGGUCUCGGGAUCCUCAGCACGGUGCUGGUGCAGCGCGGCGCUCUCCGGCAGGGCGACCAUGUUGUCGCCGGCCAGAGCUGGGGCAAGGUGCGGCUGCUGCUGGAUGAGGAGGGGGCGCAGCUGUCGGAGGCGGGUCCGGCCGUGCCGGUGCGCGUGAGCGGCGUGCGAGAGAUGCCGCGAGCUGGCGACGAGCUGCUGGUGGUGCCGUCCGAGGCGCGCGCCAAGGAGGUUGUCGAGUUCCGGCUGUUGCGUGCCGACGCGCAGGCGCUCGCCGCCGCAGCGCCGCGGCGCGGGAGAAAGGGGGGAGGUGCAAAGCUGCUGCCGGCGCUGCUCAAGGCGGAGUCGUUUGGCUCGCUCGAGGCCGCGCGGGAGGGCCUGUCCCACUUCCCGAGCGCGCGUGUCGAGCUCAAGCUGGUGCGGGAGGGGGUGGGGCCGGUCACAGAGUCGGACGUGCAGCUGGCGCAGAGCGUCGGCGCGCAGGUGAUCGCCUUCAACGUGCCUCUGGAGAGCAAGGCCGCCGGCCUCGCCGCCACGCUGCAGGUGCCCGUCCACUCGCACAGCAUCAUCUACGCCCUCGUCGACGCUGCCAAGGCGGCGAUCGAGCCCGUGGUGGAGGCGCGGGAGACGGGGGAGGCAGACGUGCUCGAGGUCUUCACGCUCACACUCAACCGCAAGGACCGCGCCGUCGGCAUGUCCAAGCACACCGCCGUCGCCGGCUCUCGCGUGACGGCCGGCCAGGCUUCGGCGGGCAGCGCGGUGCGGGUGGUGCGGGGCGGCGAGGUGACGCAUGAGGGGGACGUCAUCUCGCUCAAGCACUUCAAGCAGGAGGUGCGGACGAUGAAGAAGGGGUCCGAGUGUGGGCUCAUCCUCCGCGACUACGCCGACCUGCAGAGCGGCGACACCAUCCAGUUCUACGAGCUCAUCUCGCGCCGGCCGUCGCUGUACGAGGAGCAAGGGUCGGCCAAGUGAUACACGCCUUCAGUUUUGUUAUCGAGAGCGGCGCAUCCGCUAUGGCCUAUGCAUCUAGUGUCGUCAUCCAUUCCAGCUGUGAGAGAACCUGAUCGAGGUACGGCUGUGUCCAAAAUAAUGGUUAAUGCUGUUUUUUAGCACUUUUAAGUUUUAUCUUGCG